AUGGGCUGCCUGCAGCGCUCUUUGAGCUGUCUCGUUGCAGCGCUCUGCAGCGUCGCGGCGCUCGAGAGCUGCCCCCAGGCGCUCCCCGCCUCGGCGCGCGUGCGGCUGCUCGUGACGACGACGAGCGGCCCGAAGAACGUCGCGAACCGCGACGCCAUCCGCGGCACCUGGUGCACGACGGCCGCCGCGACCGUCACGCGGUCGCGGGGCGCCGCGGCCGUCGCCGUGCGCUUCUUCGUCGCCCGGGCGACGGACGGCGCCGCCGCGGCGGCGCUCGCGAGCGAGCGCGAGCGGAGGGACGAUGUGGAGUUUUUGGACGACUUCGACGACACGCGGUACACGGUGCUCCUGAAACUGCUGCGCGCCGUCGAGUUCUUCGCGGCCCACGCGAGCGGGCCGACGCACUGGGGGCGCAUCGACGACGACAGCUACGCGUUCGUGGACCGCGUCGCCGCGGGGCUGCUUGCGCCGGAGCGCAUCAAAUUGGCCCCCGACACGAAGGACGACGCGUUCUCGGCCGACGAGUUCGUCUGGAGCUUCUUCAUGGAGCGGAGCGACUUCCACGCGGCGCCCUUCGCCGUGGGCUUCGGGUCCAUCAUGACGGCGGGCCUCGCGCGCCACCUCGCGGCCGCGUCGCUCGAUUUCGGCUUCGGGCGCCGCGGCGACCUCGUCGCCCAUAACCGCGACGACGGCUGCGACAUCGGCGAGGCGAACGACGUCGGCGUCGACACGCGGCGCACGGGCGGCUGCUUCAUGGAGCGCUUCUGGGACGACGACAUCUUCCUGGGCAUGGUCCUCUGGCCGCUGAAGCACGCGCGGCUCCACGCAGGGCAGGAAAAGAGAGCGAAAUUCCCAACUUCAAAGGCUCCUAUCUCGGCCGUUUUCCACUCGCUCCACGACGACAAGUUCCACUGGAUCGCGGGCCGCGACGGCCGCGCGUCGCCGCGGGGCAUCGGCCCCGACUCCAUCAUCGUCAACGGCCUCGUGGCGUCCGCCGGCGAGUUCGAGAAGACCUUCAAGGGCGACUACUUUGGGGUCAACGCGGACGUGUCGUCCAGUGUGUCGUCGUUCCAGCCGUCGGAGUUCGACGUCUACGACAAGAUGGGCCGCUACGUGGGCUGGCGCAUGCACUACAACGACCAGGCCUACGACAUCACGGUCGCGCGGGACUGCGACGAGCGCCACUACUCGAACGCGGCGCUCUGCGCCAUGCUCUGCGACACGGGGUUUCUCGUCGAAGUCGACUGCAAGUCCAUGUUCGACUUCGCGGACGCGUUCAGCAACCAGCACUUCGACGUGUCGUCCUGCGACGACGACCCGCCCUGCCUGCUGGGCUACGGCGACCGCGACUUCGACGGCGCCAUCUUCGACUUUUUGUGGGACGCCGCGGAGCGGUCGCGGCCGCCGCCGGCGGCCGAGGUCGAGCGGCCGCCGGGCGCGGAGCCCUUGAUGUGGCUCGGGACGACGGACCCGCAGACGGGCGAGUACACCAAUAGACCCAUGUGGAAGGCCUGCGAGCUCCUCGAGGACGACGGCGACCGCGCGUGCGACGCGCAGCGCGAGAAGGCCCAGCGGCGGCGGAAGCGGCUCGCGGGGCUCUCGGACCGGUUGCUGGACCGCCAGGCGAAGAAGCGCUCCACGGACUGGCUCACGGAGUGCGGGGCGGCGCUCCACGACCGCGCCGUCGCGCUGGAGCGGGUGCUCCUCGAGCGGGUCGGGGCCGCGCUCGAAGGCGUCGACGAAAUCGCGCUCCUCGACUUCCCGACGCACGGCAACCUCGGCGACACGCUCAUCUUCCAGGGCGAGCUCAAGCUCCUCGAGGCGCUCCACAUCGACGUGCGCGUCGAAUUCGUCUGCGCGGCGACGGAGGCCCAGUCGAUCCAGGCCGUGCCCUUUUGCGACUUCGAGCGAUUGCGGGACCAGUUCCCGCCGAAGCCGCGGCGCGCGGUGCUCUUCCACGGCGGCGGCAACAUGGGCGACCUCUACGCGGGCUACGAGCACUUCCGCUGGGCGGCCCUCGAGGCCCUGCCGGACUACCGCCUCGUGGUGCUGCCGAACACGGUCAUCUACGACGACGCGAACCUCUCGAAGCUCGAGACCUACCGGCGCCACGGCAACCUCACGCUCUUCGCGCGCGACGCCGUCUCCCACGGCCACCUCGAAAAGGCCUGCGGCGGCGCCUGCGCCGCGAGGCUCGCGCCGGACAGCGCCUUCGCGCUCGCGGACACGCUCGCCGCGGCGACGGGUCAAUCGAAGCCUCCGCUGGCGCGGUCCAAGUUCGUCGAGACGACGGACCAGGUGUCCAUCGCCAACCCCACGAAGCGGUCGAGCUUCCAGCAGCACCACCGCGUGCGCGCGUCGAACAACGCCACCGUGGCGUGGAUCGCGCGCGGCGACUCCGAGAAGCGCGGCUCCGGCGCGCGGGACCGGGCCGCGCUGAAGGCGUUCGCGCUCCGGAACGGCGUGAAGCUCGUCUUCGACGACCUCCAGCCCCACGAGGGCCCCAUGGACGUCGAGGUCUUCUGCGCGACCAACGGCCACUGCGUCCUCGAGGCGCACCAGGGCGCGCCGCACCUCCUCGCCGCGGAGCGGAGCCAGCGCGCGUCGAACGCCGUCGGCGCGGGCGACGUCGUCAUCACGGACCGGCUCCACGGCGUCAUCAUCGCGACGCUCCUCGGGCGGCCCGCCGUCGCCCUCGACACGACGAACCGCAAGGUCAGCCGCUUCGCGCGCACGUGGCUCGUCCCGGACGGCGCGGCCGACGCCGCCGCCGCGUGCCUCGUCGUCGCGGACCCGGACGCGCCCGACGCCGACGCGCGGGCCCUCGACGCGGCGCUCGGGCUCGCCCGGGACCGCCUAUCCUUCGACACGAGCAUCUGGUAA